GUGGAGAGCAGAAUGGAGGAUACACCUACAUUGGCCUUACAGACCCUACCAGUGGAAAGAUCCCAGUUGAAGGUAUUGCAGGAGGCAGCAAGUCCUGAAGAAAAGAACAUAUGGAAGCAAAAAGGAGCUGUGCUGAACAGGAAUGGCCUAUUUGAAAAUGACAGGAAACCAUGCCUACCAAAGAGUAUGUACCCAGCAGUGGUACAGUGGGCACAUGGAGCAGCCCACUUAUCAAAGACUCUUAUGAAUGCUCUAAUUCAAAAGUACUACACAGCACCAGGAAUUACACCACUAACAGACAAUUACUGCAAAUCCUGUGCCAUUUGUGCUAAGUGCAAUCCAGGACGCAUGGAGAAGAUGCCCCAGAAGCAUUUGGCAAGAGCCCAAUACCCAUUUCAAAGGAUACAAAUUGACCACAUACAGAUGCCAAAGAGUGGAAGAUUUGAAUAUGCCCUUGUGGUAGUGGACAUGUUCUCAGGAUGGCCAGAAGCCUACCCAACUGCCAACAUGACAGCCAAGACAACAGCUAAAAAGCUUCUGAAUGAAGUAGUGUGCCGAUAUGGAGUACCAGAAGUCAUAGAAAGUGACCAAGGACCUGCCUUCACAGCUACAGUCACCAAGGAAAUCUGGUCUGCCCUAGGAGUCACUUUAUCCUUUCACACUCCCUACCAUCCCCAGAGUAGUGGCAAAGUGGAGAAAAUGAAUGGUACUCUUAAGACCCGAAUGCUGAAGAUGUCUCAAGAGACUGGUUUACCCUGGCCUGAUAGUCUACCCAUUGCCCUCUAUAGCGUUAGGUACACCCCUAGGGGGGAACACUCUCUAUCUCCCUAUGAAAUUUUGUUUGGCACUGCCCCCAGACUAGGGUGUUAUCAUCCUCAGCAGCUACAAGUACAAUCUGAUGCACUUACUAAUUAUGUGACCGCAUUGUCUAGGGAGUUGACUAAAAUACAUGCCCGAGUGUUUUCUUCUCUUCCAGAUCCUGAAGCAGUUACUGGGACUCACAGGCUAUUACCUGGUGAUUGGGUAUUAGUGAAAAGAUUUGUAAGAAAGAAUUCUCUUGAGCCCAGAUUUGAUGGUCCGUUUCAGGUUCUGCUGAUCACAUCUACCUCAGUCAAGGUGGGAGGCAAAAAUACUUGGAUCCACGCCUCCCACUGCAAGAAAGUGCCGCCACCAGACGAAGAAACCAGUCCGACUCAAUCAUGAGUAUCAUACACUGCAUCAUACAUAUCCUUUGUAUAAUAUUAACAACAGUCGGCAAACGCCGCCCAGAUAUUGCCAUAGCUAACAAAAAUGGGAUAGUACAAUUUUGGUUUAACUCUGAAAACACUACUACAGCAUCAUAUGUCUUUGAUGCUUGUACAAUACUACCAUGCCCAAAGGGUGCCACUAGAAUAUAUAAAUGGUAUCAUGAGGCAUAUGGGGAGGGAUAUAUAUGUGUCACUGGAGGAGAAUGGGGGGAAGAUUGUAACUCCUGGGUAGCAGCCGCAUGGAAUUCCGGUCCCUCAUGGGGUUACAAACCAAAAAAUUCAGUGGCCACAAACAGUAAGGACAAAGAAGGUAGACCGUUAUCAGAACGUAUGAAAUUGGUUAAAAUGGGCCCUAGUAUGCGGCUUUCAUUAACCAAUCAGAACCCAGUCCCUAGUGAUUCAGGAACUUAUGUUCUUGGUUGGUGGUUUGGUGGAACUACUCAAGGACACCAGACAAAGUUUGAAAUCAAGGAUAUAAGUACCUCGGGAGAUUGGAAAGAACCCAGUAAAGAACCCUUAGUCCGUGCUUUGGAACAUCAUAUUCAGGCUUAUAAUAAAUUUAUAGCAAUUGCAAACCCCACCUUUGUAGAUACCAUGGCCAUAGAAACAGGUUAUUCGGAUAUUAAUCUCUGGCUCGAGUGGAUGAGGUAUACCGCAGGAAAAGGUAAUAAAACAAAUUGUUAUGUUUGUGGUAGUGCUAGACCUCAUUUAGGUACAGUCCCGUUAAAUAUUCCAGAGCAGGUAGAGGACUGCUUCCUCAGCCUAUAUACCAAUAGCUCCUCCGAUCGAACAGAUUGUGAACGGUGGAAGAAAGAAUAUCCUAUAACCACUAAAACCCCUAGACCAGGAGAAGGUAUCACCAUUUACCCUGGAAAUUAUACUUGUUAUGUCAUUGCAGGUGACCAAGGCAGAUUCCUGGGAAAUUUCUCGGAUGAUUAUUGUUCCAUCUACCGAGUUAUAAAUAAAGCCAAACUGCAAGGCCAAGUUCAGUCUCUAGGUGAUAUCUACUGGUUGUGUGGAGACAUGAAACUAAGAACCCGAUUGGAAGGAAAUUGGACUGGAGAAUGCACCCUAACCAAAGUCAUCAUGCCUGUGCAUAUCUUCAAUCAUGAGCCUACAGAGGAACCAGAGGUCCACCACAGGAGCAAAAGAGAAGCUCCCAAGGGAAGUCUAGACCCGCAUGUAUACAUAGAUGUCAUUGGGGUCCCAAGGGGGGUCCCAAAUGAGUUUAAGGCUAGAGAUCAAGUAAAGGCAGGAUUUGAAUCUUUCCUGAUGCCCCUAGUUACAAUUAAUAAAAAUGUAGAUUGGAUUAAUUACAUUUAUUAUAAUCAACAAAGGUUUAUCAAUUUCUCAAUAGAGGCUCUUAAAGGACAAGCUGAACAACUCAGUGCUACAUCUACUAUGACAUUCCAGAAUAGAAUGGCCUUAGAUAUGAUUCUAGCAGAGAAAGGAGGGGUAUGUAAAAUGUUCGGGGAUACCUGUUGUACAUACAUUCCAGAUAAUACAGGCCCCAAUGGUAAAGUAACUCUAGCUAUAAAGAAACUAGAAAGCCUAUCAUCAGAGCUCAAAAGAAAUUCAGGAAUAGCAGACCCUUGGGACCAAUAUUUUACUGGGAUGGGAGGAUUGCAAAAAAUGCUAAUGCAAAUAGGAAUAUCAAUACUAACAAUUCUCAUCCUCCUAGCCUUAAUCGUCUGUUGUGUGCUACCAUGUCUGAAGAAAUUGUGUGAAAAAGCCGUGGACAGUACAACUCCCUUGAUGGCAAACAUCGACUAUGAAGAAUAUCCAGACGAACCCCAUGAACCCAUGAAAAGAUAUUCAACUACUCUAGUAUUAAAUAUAUAAGGGACAGCAUCUGAAAACCUAUGUACAAAGUCUGUGGCAAGGGGGGUCAUGGAAUAGCCAUGACUCGUCUAACGUGCAGCAAGAAGAAAGUCGGAGAAGUACAUAGGACAGAUGAGAUAGGAAUCUAAUUUUUAGGGAAAGAAUCUUGAAAAUGUUUUAAUUUAUAUUAUCAAAAGGGGAAAAUGUAGUAGAUGGGGGUCUUGUGAUAUGAAAUAUACCUUAAAACAUCAAUCAUAUAUGUCUAUAAUAAUGUAAUGUCUAUGUCUCUUUAAUUCACACUGCUAUAUUCAAUCUUGCAUCUCUCUGCUUCUAGAAAAUAUCAGCUUAAAAGUAACAGAUGGCAAAAACCUUCCUUCCAACGUGGCAGUAUCAGGAUAUUAAGAUUGAACUUUGUUCGAUUACUAAUAUUUCUGUUGAAAGGAGAUAAUGAUGGCCAUAUCAGGAUGUGUGUCCUGGACACACACUGAUAUGGUGAUAUUGCCUGCUUGUUAAUACCCGAUCGAUAGAAUGUCAGGGUGACCACCUGGAAGGAAAGUCAAACUCAGCGCUUAGGCAGCAUAAAAUAGGGCUUUAAACUUAUCGCCUGACAGAUUGCACACACAUA